GUUCAUCCAAAAAUCGGGGUGGAGUCCUGGCAUAAUAUGACUCGAGCGGUAGUUACGCAGCAAUCGAAAGAGUGCUCUCUAGUGGCCGUGGUCUACUACAAGUCUAACGUGGAUAUUCGGAAAUUUUGAGUUGAGGGAUGAUGAAGCAAGUAGGGCUUCUUUCAGCUGGCUGUCAGCCAUGGAAUAGUGAUGUGUGUGCUGCAAGUGGUGAUAGGUUUGCCUACUGUGCCACAUUGGCUAUUUACAUAUACAAGUUGGAUCAUCAUUACAAUGAGUUCAAGCUUGAAGCCAUCAUGUCAGAACAUAAAAAGACGAUCACUGCGAUCUCCUGGAACCCAACGGACCCAGAUGUGUUUGCAAGCACCGGAGCCGACAAUCAAGUCGUCAUUUGGAAUAUAACCAAGCAAAAAGCUGUAGCUUCCUUGGCUAACACAAAUGCUGUGCCAAAUUCAGUUGGCUGGGUACUGAAUGAUAAAGAAACAGUGGUGUAUGUUUCAGGUCGUGGACCUCUUUACAUAUGGAAUUAUAGGACGAAUGGCAGUAUCACUAACCACAAAGACACUCACAAUUUCAUAUCUGAUGUCACCAAGUUCCGCUUACAUUACAAACAAAUUGGCAGAAUGGUUUUUGGGCACGCAGAUGGUAGCCUUUCCUUUUUCAACACAGAGAUGGUGCUUGUAUAGAUAUAGCUCUUGAUCAUGGUGCUGAUGUGUAUGGUUUAACCAGCCACUACAGCCGACCUAUGACCCUUGCCUCGUGCUCUCGUGAUUCUACCGUCAGAAUCUGGUCUCUAUCACCUCUUGUAACAUCUGUUCAUAUGAAGAUUAUUGCUAGACGUCCAUGGAAGGAAAUUAUUAAUUCACCAGAACAUUCAAUGACAGUUGGUUGUGAACCUCUUCUAUCUGGACGAUUGACUCGAGAAAUCAAGGCCAGAAUUGACAAAUUCAGGGAAAAUGUAGAUUAUGAUGUUAUACUUAGGUGGUUUUCUCCUCUUUUUAUGAUACCAAAUGGUUGCCAGAAUUUAUGGGAGUUGGUUUCAAUUGUGAAUGGUCAAGAUGAUAGCUUACUCUCUGGCAACUAUAACAAAGGCAUUUUACACACAAAACACCUACUCAAGUUCAGAGCAUCUGAUGCUCAACAACUUCAACUAGCAAAAAUAUCUCAGUACCGAAGGCAAGGUGGUUCCAAGUCGUGUGAGGAGAAGUUGCGGGAAGCAGCCCUCAUUCAUAUGAAACUUGGCAAUGUGACUACAUACUGUGAAUUGAUGAUUGAACUCGAUGAGUGGGAGAAAGCUCUUUCCAUUGCACCAUCAGUGUCCAUGGAUUACUGGAAUUCACUAGCACAAAGGAGAGCAGAACGUCUUUGCCGGGAAGAUAAUGACGAGUGCAUACCAUACUUUAUAGCUACAAACAGUUUACAACCAUUAGUGGAAUAUUUUGGCAAACAUGGUCAGUUAAAAGAUGCUGUUUGCAUUGCGCAGGCAGCAGUUGAGGGUGCUUUCCAAGAUAUUUCAAGACAUGAUACGCAUGAACGAUUGCCUUCAAAACACAAUGGACUAGAUUGUCCAAGCGAAGAACACACAAGGAUGUUGAAUGAUGCCGUGGAUAAAUUGGCAUUAUGGUAUUUUCAAGAUGGUUGUCCAAUUCAUUCAGCAUGUUGUCAUUUAUCUAUUGGGGAUAUAAAGAAAUGCUUAUCCAAGUUAAUGCGAGGCAAUGAAUUGGAGCUGGUUGUAAGCAUUGGAAGCGCCCUCAAGUCACCAGAAGCAGCGCAGUUUGUUAAUAUUGCCAUUCGGUUGCUUGCUAGAAGGUGUGAAAGGCUCAAUAAAUGGGAGCUUGGCAUUGACUUGCUAAAAACGAUUCGUGAAAAUGAACUGGAUUUGAUAAAGUUGUGUGCACGGUAUUCAGGUAGUGCCUCAGAGGUCAAUGACCUUCACCUACAGGUAACCACAUUCAUCAAUAUUUUUAUUUAUUUUAAGUUAAUUGAAAAUGAUCUGAAAAAACCUGGAAUUCCGUUUAAUAGCAUUUCUCAAUUGGUAGACUUACUUGGGUGUAUAAGAACAUGUAAAUUGAAGAAAAUCAAGAACACACAAUUGCGAGCUGAACUGUUGAUCAUUAGUGCAUAUGUUGGUGCAUUGAAAGCAAUACAGAAUGAGUAUCAGGAUGUUGUCAUACCACUGUUCCAACAUGCAAGGAACUUGAUGGCCAUCAAUUCAGUGAACAUAGGUGUCAGUGAUGAGCAAUUAUUGUCUGAGAUCACAGCUGUUACUCUUCAUUCAACCACCAAACAAUUUAAUAAGAAAAACAUGAAGAUUCACACCGCAUCAGUCAAGAUACAGGAUGAAUAUCAAACUUUAUUGGAUCGUGUCGGCCAAUCAGAGAGCCCCGUAGAACCUGGUGCUGAUCUCGUUACAGGCUCACAGUUUCCCAGUCAUUCAGACGUCCACAUUUCAAUUCUAACAGACAAGCGUAUACAGGGUGCCUCAUUUUUUCUUGAAGACGGAGUUUCAGCGGUGUCCAUUAAUGAGGCACUAAUGUGGGCAAAGUGUAAUAGCUUCUCACCAUCAGCAACUGGUGAUAUCAUAAACCCGUUCUGACCAGUGUAAUGCAGUCAAGCAUCUCAGUUUAUUUUGCCGGUAUUGUCUAAUUGACCAACAGCAUCCACAUUUAAAUUACCUCUGUAGUUGAAUUGACCAAUAUAAUGUGGUGAUUUUACCCAUAUCAUGGAUACUUUUUUAACAUUAAAUUUAAUGUUUUUGCUGUGAAUGAUGUAUUAUUUCAAAAUAGUAUAUUUAUGUAUAAAUGUACAUGAAGUUAUAUGUAUAUACCGUAGUAAAAUGAAGAUAUCUUAACAGUGUUGUGUGCAUUGUUUUUUUCAAAGGGGAAUGUAUGAUCCUCCCCUUAAUCUGCAUAUAAGUAAAUUAAUAAGUUAUCAUUGUACUGUGGUAUGUUAAUCAGAUGGCAUUUUUUGAUUUACUUGUACUUUAUAGUAUGAAGUAUUUUUUUUGUACUGUACAAGUAUACAAUAAAUAUUUGUUCAUAAUGUAUAUGUACAGUACAUACUGUAACCUGCUUAUUAUAUGGGUACCGCCUGGUCUACAAUACACUUUUUUUUUUAUAAGAACACGGAGGCUGAAAUUGCUUAAAAAUUAAGAACAAAACACCUUAUGUGCAGUAGGUGUGACUAUGUAAUACCCUCUAUAAUACAGUGCAGGAGGUGUAUAUCUACUUGUCAUUUGGGGCCUUUUUUCCCUGGGGCACUUUUACUACAUUCCAGUACAGUGUAUACUGGUACAAUAAUACAUUUGUAUGUUUGAAAAGUGUGUAAAAUUUUACUGGUUCUUAUAAAAAAAGAAAGUGUAACCGUAA